GGAGGCUGCCAUGACAUCGGUGGAUGCUGCACAGGAUCACAUCCACAGCAUCGGCAGCAAGCGCUCCUCCAUCCACCUCGCCAUCCCUCCGUCUUUUCUCUCUCUUCUCCUCCUCUGCUUCUCCUCCUCAUACCACCAUCCUUGCUCCAUCCAUUCCUUUUCCCCUUCCCUCGACAGGAGCACACUGCAGCAGAGGGCCGUGUACACACACUCUCCAGCAGGAACAGCAGCAGCGGGCAGACUGACUCUCCAUUUACUUUGUCCUCCUCUUAAAACCCCAUUUUCUCCAUCCUCUUUUCUCCUCCUCACCCUUCUUCUCCGUCUUGCUGUCCGGUUUCCCAGGAUGCCUCGGUUCAGGAUGCUUCAGUAGGCCCCAGCAGCAUGGGCGGAGCCUGGGCGGGAAGAGAGAUUACAGAUUGGACCCUUCCCCUCAGGACGGGCGAACUGGCGGGCCACCCUCCCUCUUCUUCAGAUGGGCGAGGACGCUGAGAGCCCCAAAAUCAACCACACCUUCCUGAGAGACUACGUCACAGAAGCCGAUGUCAUCUCUACAGUGGAAUUCAACCAAACAGGGGACCUGCUGGCAACAGGGGAUAAAGGUGGCCGAGUGGUCAUCUUUCAAAGAGAAACCGAGUCCAAGGGCGUUUCAGAGGAGGCAGGUGAGGUGGGGGACUCGGGAGAGUACAACGUCUACAGCACGUUUCAGAGUCACGAACCUGACUUUGAUUACCUGAAGAGUCUGGAGAUAGAGGAGAAGAUCAACAAGAUCCGAUGGUUGCCGCAGCAGAAUGCCGCACAUUUCCUGCUUUCCACCAAUGAUAAAACCGUCAAACUGUGGAAGGUCAGUGAGAGGGACAAGAGACCAGAAGGAUACAAUCUGAAAGAUGAGGAGGGACGAAUCAAGGAUGUUUCCACCAUUACCUCUCUGAGGGUGCCAGUGCUGAAGCCAACAGAUCUGAUGGUAGAAGUUCGCCCCAGGCGGGUGUUUGCAAAUGGACACACAUACCACAUCAACUCCAUCUCCGUCAACAGCGAUGGGGAGACCUACUUGUCUGCUGAUGACCUCCGCAUCAAUAUGUGGCAUCUGGACAUCACUGAUCGUAGUUUCAACAUUGUAGACAUCAAACCUGCCAACAUGGAGGACCUGACAGAGGUGAUCACAGCAGCAGAGUUCCACCCUCACCACUGCCAUCUGUUUGUGUACAGCAGCAGCAAGGGGACCCUGCGCCUCUGUGAUAUGAGGGCCUCGGCUCUCUGUGACAGACAUACCAAACUUUUUGAGGAGCCUGAAGAUCCCGGAAGCCGUUCAUUCUUCUCAGAGAUUAUUUCCUCUGUGUCGGAUGUUAAGUUCAGCCAUAGUGGGCGCUACCUGCUAACAAGAGAUUACUUGACUGCUAAGGUGUGGGACUUGAAUAUGGACAAAGGCCCAGUUGAAACCUACCAAGUCCACGAAUACCUGAGGAGUAAACUGUGUUCCCUCUAUGAGAAUGAUUGCAUCUUUGAUAAAUUUGAAUGUGUCUGGAACAGCUCAGACAGUGUGAUCAUGACGGGGGCGUACAACAGCUUUUUCCGGAUGUUCGAUCGGGAGACUGGCCGGGGCGUUACCCUGGAGGCAUGGAGGGAGAACAGCAAGCCUCGGGCUGUGCUGCGGACGCGCCGGGUGUACACGGGCGGGAAGCGACGCCGUGGGGACGUAGGCGUCGACAGCCUGGACUUCACAAAGAAAAUCCUGCACAUGGCCUGGCACCCUGAGGAGAAUAUAAUUGCUAUUGCAGCCACCAACAACCUAUACAUCUUUCAGGAUCGUGUCAAUCCCGACGCGCAGACGCAGUAGCAGGAAUGCAGACACAAACUUGAAACAGUUUCAGUGUUUAAGGAGUGCAUGUGAGAGAUGCAGCCUCUGAAAAUGGGGGUUUAUCCUUAAUGACUAAAUAGCAGACUGAUUAUUGAUCUAAAUGAAGUUAAUAACUGAGGAAUGGCGUCUAAUAGUUUUUUUUCGGCCCUGAGAUGUGCUCAUGUCUCGAGGGGCAAUUGGGACUUCAUUUUUUUUGCUGCACUCUACUCCCACUUUUCCAAGAUGUUUGUGUAUUUUCCUUCUGCAGAAGCAGUGAAGAAGGUGCAGGGACACCUCUCCAUCUGCAAUGACUCAGUGCUGUUAAUCACACAGUGUUGCACUGCUCACUAAUCUACUCUUUUACACAUAGAACGGAAAGCGCUUCAGUACAGAAAUGUGUGAUGCUCCUGACAUAACUGGAUGACUUUACAAGACAUUGCAUUCAAGAUUUUUUUUUUUUAAUGUGGAAUGUUAGGAAUGGUGUAAGUGAAUGUUUCUUUGCAAUAUCUUUAUUUUCUCUGCUGAGUAACAACAGCGAUUGAUACUCUCCUUUAGAGCAGUGCUCUUGGAGAUUAUACACAUAAUUCAUACAUGAUCUGUUCACAUUGAGAUUAUAUCACCAACAACAGUUCAGCGGUACUCCUGCUAUAAAACAUGAUCAUUUUCCUUAGGCAGGUAACAUAUGUACACUUUUUACAGUUAGCUGUAUAUAUCUGUGUUGAUUUCUUAAAAACAGUACCUCUUUGCUUCAAACAGAUUUUGUUGUGUACACUGUAAAUGAGCAUCUCAUGCAGAAAAGUUACGAUAUCCCAACAUGGUUAUUAUUGUGUAGCAAUACAUUCAAAGUUUUGGAUGGAGGAGAGGGCUUGGUGAAUCAAGUAUAAUGCAACUCUUAGUCUUUUGUUGUGUUUCCUACUUAUGCCCAGAUAAAGGCUGAUGAUAUUCAAACAAAUAGUGCCCUGCGAAAGUGUUCAGGUACCUUAACAUUUUUAUAUUUCGUCAUGUCACAACCGCUAUCGUCAAUGUUUUGUGAAAAGUCAGCACAAAGCGAUGCAUGUCUAUAAAGUGAAAGGUAUGGGGUUACAUGGUUUUUAUUUUUUAUUUUUUUUUAAAUCAGCCGUUUUGAAUCCAUGCUUUGAAGAAGCAUUUUUGCUUCAAUUAUAGGUGUAAGUGUAUCUAUGCCAGCCUUGCACAUCAACAAACUUACAUUUUUGCCAAUUUUUUCUGUGCUUCAACUUAUUCGGAUGGUAAAAAGAGUUUUUUUGAGUCCUCUCACAGAUAUUCAACUGGACUUAAUUCUUUGACAGAGCCGUUUUAGCAGAAAUUUACUUUCAACUAAACCAUUCUAAGAAGGCUCUGUUUGUUUUUUUAGGGUAAUUUUACUGCCGUAAGGUGGGCCUCCACCUCAGGCUGAAGUCUUUUACAGCCUGAGGUUUUCUUACAGGAUUGCCCUGUAUCUGACUCUUGCCUGUUUUUGCGUCCAACAUUUUACACAAAGGCCGAAAAGUUCACUUUUGGUCUCAUGUGACGCAACCCCAGUUUUUCAUAUUUGUUGUGUCCCCUACAUUGUUUGCGCCAAAGUGCAAACAGAACUUCUUAUGGCUUGGUCAGAUAUCUUGUAUAGGUUUAGAGUUUUAGAUAAUACUCUUCACAUCUCAAUAGGAUGUCCAAAGCUUGGUUUACCUUGCUUUAAACUUCUUUACUACUGACAUCUUUGGUAUGUUUCUUAGUUGUUUCUUGGUCUUUCUCAUGCUGUUUAUUCUCUCUAACAACCCUCUGUGGCCUUCACAGAGCAAUUGGAUUUUUCCUGAGAUUCCACUGCACACAGAUGGAGUGUAAUUAUUGAUUAGAUAAGUUCUGAAGGCAUUUGACAGCACUUUGUUUCACUUAAGAGUAUAAAAGGAAAUGGUUUUGAUAUAAAUGGACAUCUGACUAAUUAUUUUUAAUUGUAUAUAUUUUUGAAAACCAUGCAUCUUAUUCUGCUCAUUUCAGACUCAUGCACUAUGUUGUGUUGUUUCUUCACUUGCAGAGAAGUGUGUGGGUGUAAGAUGACAAAUUGAUGAAAAAGUUCAAGGUUUAUGACUACUUUGGCAAACUACUGUGAAUAAGACAAAAAUGUAACUGUAAUGUGUGAAAAUCAAAAUGAGCCUUGUUCAUUUUAUAAUGGAGAAGCACAUUUUAAAAAGGGAUCUCACAAUCAAGAAAAACUUGCACAUUGUUUAUCAAAGAAGAAAAAGAAAAACCCUGACUCAGCUGUAUCCAAGCUGAAAACUGUUUUGUUCUCAUUAUUAGUGUGCUCGAGGGUCAGAGGUCAUCAUCAGUGCAAUAGCUCAUUGUAUGCAUCAUUGAAAGAUCAUUACUGUCCAAAAACUUAUUAUAAUGUAAAUUUAUCAUAGUGUAUCACAGGAAUUAUUGUUGUCAUAGCUGAUACCUCACAGUGCCGGUUGCUGCUCUGGGUUGCGACAAAUGAAAGCUAUAGGUGUGGAAUGGUUUUAUUUCUUAGGGUGCAGUACAUUGUUCUCAAGUGACCUUGGUCCUGACAAGAUUAUUGAGCUGUCUGCAUGUUGACCAUAUAUGGAGGAGAAACAAAAUUAUUGCAGAAGUGGUGAACAAUUUUGGAUCUUUUGAAACCUGAGCUUUGAAUGGGCAACAGUUUCUCACAUCUGUCAGUACAUUUACUGUUUCUGUUUCUGACUAAGGACACAAAUGUGCAUUACAUGUUUUUUUUGUUUUUGUUUUUUUUAAUUGCAGCUCAACACAAAUGUGAGAAAACGCACACAAAAUGGCUUAAGUUGUCAUUGAGUGACUUGAAAAUCUGUCAUACCCACCGCCAUUCAGCUGGGAGAGACAUUAAGUUCAGAGUCACAGCAGCACCAUCAGCAGCAGCAGCAGCAUGUUACCAUUACUCAGUGCUUCUUAUGUGUAUAUCUAUCAUACUAAAAAAAAAUAAAAUAAUAAAAGAUGUAAAUGUACAAAAACCUUAUUCAUGGAUGAAAGGAAUGUGCAUUAAUAAAACUAUCUGAAAACAUGUC